GGCACAGAGUCGGAAGUCUCGGACGAGUGCGAGACAUAAUAGGAUAGUAAGGUGGGAGUGACAACGGAGAGCCGGAGAAAAAUGGAGGCAGUGUGGGAUUAGAGGUUUCAUGAAUAUCCAAUAUAGGCCACUAGACCUGAAUUAGAAUUUUCCGGUCCUGCCUUCGCAGCAAAUAGGAAAACGGCUUGGGCCUCAGGCAAUGACGGGUCCUAGUACAGUCGCCAUUUUUAUUGGGUGCAAUAUUGUGCUAGUUGUAUGCCUGGUCGCCAUCUUCUUAGGGGGCAGGGUACAUGCGCAGCCCUCGUUUGCUAGGGGGUUAUAGGGAGGAAUUACACAUAACGAACUCAGAUCAAGCGAUUUAUUUACUUGUUCUGGAUUAUUGUCCUUCACUGGCAGUGAAUUUUUUUUCUUGUAAAGUUAUUUUAUAGGACAUUGAAUGUGAAGGAUAUGCAGAUAGGAAAUUCAAACCAAACAGCACAUCAAGAUCUGACAGUCACUUGAUUCAUUAGGAUCCGACUUACAUCAUUGGCUUAUUUGGACGAAAAAAAAAGGGUAUUGAAAAACGAAGAUUUUGACAUUAGAAAUUCAAACCAAACAUCACGUAAAGACCAGGCUAAAGUGCUCCAUACAUCAGGACCUGAAUGUCAUUGGAUUUUGACUAUGGAAAGCAAGAACACUGUUCACAGUGGGGAGAAAACAUACACAUGUUCUGUGUGUGGACGAAGAUUCACCCGAUCAUCUGGCCUGUCCAGACACAAAGUCUGUCACAGUGAGGCAAAACUGUGGAAAUGUCAGGACUGUGGGAAGGGAUUCAGUUACCCGUCUGAGCUGGAAGCUCAUCGACGCAGUCACACUGGGGAGAGGCCAUUUAUUUGUUCCAAAUGUGGGAAGGGAUUCAUUCAGUCAUCCCACCUGUUGACACAUCAACGGGUUCACACUGAUGAGAGACCUUUUAAAUGCUCUGACUGUGGGAAACGUUAUAAAAGUUCCAAGGAACUGAUGUCCCAUCAAGGUGUUCACACCGACAAGAAGCCAUUCAGGUGCUCUCACUGUGGAACUGGAUUCAGACGAUCAUCUCAACUCACUGUACACCAGCGCAUUCACACUGGAGAGAGGCCAUUCACCUGCUCUGAGUGUGGGAAAGGAUUCAUUCAGAUAUCCAACCUGCAGAGUCAUCAGCGAGUUCACACUGGGGAGAGACCAUUCAUCUGCUCAGUCUGUGGGAAAGGAUUCAUUAAUUCAUCCAACCUGUUGAUACAUCAGCGAGUUCACACAGGGGAGAGACCGUUCACCUGCUCCACCUGUGGGAAGGGAUUCAUUCGAUCAUCGCACCUAUUGAGACACCAGCGAGUUCACAAACAACUACAUUGAUGUGGUUUUGCUGUGAUUCACAUCUAGGACUAAAUCAUAUUCUUUGGUGCCUGUUUUGACUGAAGUUAAUAAAGCGCAGACAGUCAGAGGUGGACUUAAGUCAAAGAGAUCAGCCUUCCAUUAAAUAAUGUAUCAAUAUUUUUAAUGUCUUUAAUAGAAGUUAGAUUUCAUUCCAAGAGUUCUCUCCCUCUCUGAUCUCCACCAUCCACACCUCCAACAAUAAAAAGAGUCAUAGGGUCAUACAGCAAGGAAACAAACCCUUUCGUCCAACUUGUCCAUGCCGACCGACUUUCCCAAAGUAAACAAGUCCCAUUUGCCUGCAUUU